UGUACAAAAAAAUUAAGUCCUUCUCCUCGUGAUGGUAACCUGGAGCACAUCUUUCCCACUUUAUCAUCAGGCCUUGAACGCAGCAUCACCAUCCUUGUCGCGUCUGAUUCGUUAGCAGUUAGCUUAGCGGCUAAGAAUGAAGCCUGAAGCUGGAUUUUAACGGGACUUUUACGCCGGUUUAACCGACUCACUGGUACCUCGGUGUUCUUUUACCGACAGACGGAACACCUCCCGUCUUGUGACACCAAACCGGAGCUUUUUUUUCAUGGGUGAACGUCAGGAGGAGAAGAUUCUGACAGAAGCAGACAAACGUUAUCGGUGUAAUGGAGGAACAAGGCACUGUUGGCCAGAACCCUGGAAGUUCUUGGGAAGACAAAGAUCUGGCGACUGCAGUGGAGACUUUCACCCACGUAAACAUCAAAACUGGAAGUACUAGGGAAGAUGAGGACCUCCCAACUCCUGAAAGGACUGUCACUGGAGCAACUAUUAAAACUGAGAGUUCAUUUGAAGAUACAGACCAUCGAGUUCCAGCAACGACUUUAAUCCAAGCAAACGACAUCAAAACAGAAAUCUGCUGGGAAGACAGCAACAUUCCAACUCCUGUAAACCCUCUAAUCCAAGCAAACGACAUCAAAACAGAAAGUUCCUGGGAAGACAAAGAUCUCCCAACCCCAAUGAAGACUUUGACCCAUGUUAACGCCUGCAAAACCCAAAACCGCACCCCUACCAAAGAGAGAAAGCACUGUUGUGCCCAGUGUGGGAGAAGUUUCACGACUCCAGGUGAACUAAAAAUACACCAACGCAUCCACACUGGAGAGAAGCCUUAUCGCUGUGACGUGUGUGGAAAGGCUUUCACCCAGUCACCAAAACUUAAGAUCCACCUCAGUAGCCACGCUGGAGAGAAACCAUAUACCUGUUUGCGGUGUGGUAAACUAUUCACCAACAGGGGAGACCUUAAAAUACACCAACGCACUCACACUGGAGAGAAGCCUUACAGUUGCCAUUUUUGUGGAAAAAGUUUCAUUACAACAAGUCUUCUCCAAACCCAUCAACGCAUACACACUGGAGAGAAACCCUAUGUGUGUGGCAAGUGUGGGAAGGCUUUCAAAUCAUCAGCAGAACACAGUUCACAUCAACAUACGCACACUGAGAGGGUGAUCCCAUGUGAGGUUUGUGGGAAGAUCUUCUACUUCACCUCCGCUUUGCGCAUUCACCAGCGUAUCCACAUAGGGGAGAAACUCUACCAGUGUGUACUCUGUGAGGGAUCCUUCACAGCAUCUCAACAGGCUGAACAUAAAUGUACCUACAAAGGAGCAGAACAGAACAACAUAAAAAGUGAACAUUGGGAGGAGAAGAUUCUGACAGAGAAGCAGACGAAUGUUGUUGGUGUAAUGGAGGAACAAGGCAGUGUUGGCCAGAACCCUGGAAGUUCUUGGGAAGACAAAGAUCUGGCGACUGCAGUGGAGACUUUCACCCACGUAAACAUCAAAACUGAAAGUCCUUGGGAAGAUGAGGACCUCCCAACUCCUGAAAGGACUGUCACCGGAGCAGCUAUUAAAACUGAAAGUUCAUUUGAAGAUAAAGACCAUCCAGUUCCAGCAACGACUUUAAUCCAAGCAAACGACAUCAAAACAGAAAUCUGCUGGGAACACGACAACAUUCCAAGUCCAGCAAACCCUGUAAUCCAAGCAAACGACAUCAAAACAGAAAGUUCUUGGAAAGACAAAGAUCUCCCGACCCCAACGAAGACUCUGACCCAAGUAAACACCUGCAAGACACACAAACGCACUCGUACCAAAGAGAGACGGCACACUUGUUCCCAGUGCGGGAAAAGUUUCACUUGUCCAAGUGACCUAAAAAUACACCAACGCAUCCACACAGGAGAGAGACCGUAUAAGUGUUCAGUGUGUGGAAAAGCUUUCAUCAAAGCGGAUCAUCUCAAAUCACACCAACGCACCCACACUGGAGAGAAGCCUUAUCGCUGUGACGUGUGUGGAAAAGCUUUCACCCAAUCACCAAAACUUAAGAUACACCUCCGUAGUCACACUGGAGAGAAACCAUAUAGCUGUUUGCAGUGUGGUAAAGUUUUCAGCAACAGUGUGAACCUUAGGUUCCACCGACACACUCACACCGGAGAGAAGCCGUUCAGCUGUGAUUUUUGUGGGAAAGGUUUCAUUAAAGCAGAUCACCUCAGAACCCAUGUACGCAUACACACUGGAGAGAAACCCUAUAUUUGUGGCCAGUGCGGAAAGGCUUUUAAGUCGUCGGCAGAAUGCAGUUCACAUCAACGUAGGCACACUAAGGAGAGAGUGAUCCCAUGUGAGGUUUGUGGGAUGAUCUUCUACUCCGCCACCCCUUUGCGGAUUCAUCAGCGUACCCACACAGGGGAGAAACCCUACCAGUGUGGACUCUGUCAGCGGUCCUUCACCACAGCAUCUCAACAGGCUGAACACAAAUGUACCUACAAACAGAACAACAUAAAGAGUGAACGUCAGGAGGAGAAGAUUCUGACGGCGAAGCAGACGAAUGUUAUUGGUGUAAUGGAGGAACAAGGCAGUGUUGGCCAGAACCCUGGAAGUUCUUGGGAAGACAAAGAUCUGGCGACUGCAGUGGAGACUUUCACCCACGUAAACAUCAAAACUGAAAGUCCUUGGGAAGAUGAGGACCUCCCAACUCCUGAAAGGACUGUCACCGGAGCAGCUAUUAAAACUGAAAGUUCAUUUGAAGAUAAAGACCAUCCAGUUCCAGCAACGACUUUAAUCCAAGCAAACGACAUCAAAACAGAAAUCUGCUGGGAACACGACAACAUUCCAAGUCCAGCAAACCCUGUAAUCCAAGCAAACGACAUCAAAACAGAAAGUUCUUGGAAAGACAAAGAUCUCCCGACCCCAACGAAGACUCUGACCCAAGUAAACACCUGCAAGACACACAAACGCACUCGUACCAAAGAGAGACGGCACACUUGUUCCCAGUGCGGGAAAAGUUUCACUAGUCCAAGUGACCUAAAAAUACACCAACGCAUCCACACAGGAGAGAGACCGUAUAAGUGUUCAGUGUGUGGAAAAGCUUUCAUCAAAGCAGAUCAUCUCAAAUUACACCAACGCACCCACACUGGAGAGAAGCCUUAUCGCUGUGACGUGUGUGGAAAAGCUUUCACCCAAUCACCAAAACUUAAGAUACACCUCCGUAGUCACACUGGAGAGAAACCAUAUAGCUGUUUGCAGUGUGGUAAAGUUUUCACCAACAGGGGGAACCUUAGAAUACACCAACACAUUCACACUGGAGAGAAGCCAUUCAGCUGUGAUUUUUGUGGGAAAGGUUUCAUUAAAGCAAGUCACCUCAGAAUGCACCAACGCAUACACACUGGAGAGAGACCGUACAACUGUGAGGUGUGUGGAAAAGCUUUUAUCUUAGCGGAUCAUCUCAAAUUACAUCAACGUACCCACACUGGUGAGAAACCUUAUCGCUGUGACGUGUGUGGAAAGGCUUUCACCCAACCACCAAAUCUUAAGAUCCACCUCCGAAGCCACACUGGAGAGAAACCGUAUACCUGUUUACUGUGUGGUAAAGUUUUCACCAACAGUGUGAACCUUAGGUUCCACCAACACAUUCACACUGGAGAGAAGCCAUACAGCUGUGAUUUAUGUGGGAAAGGUUUCAUUAAAGCAAGUCACCUCAGAACGCAUCAGCGCAUACACACUGGAGAGAAACCCUAUAUUUGUGGCCAGUGCGGAAAGGCUUUCAAAUCAUCGGCAGAAUGCAGUUCACAUCAACGUAGGCACACUAAGGACAGGGUGAUCCCAUGUGAGGUUUGUGGAAAGAUCUUCUACUCCGCCUCCACGUUGCGCAAUCACCAGUGUACCAACACAGGGGAGAAACCCUACCAGUGUGGACUCUGUGAGAGGUCCUUCACCACAGCAUCUCAACAGGCUGAACACAAAUGUACCUACAGAGGAGUGGAAAAGAACGACGUAAAGACUGAAGAACUUGGACCACAAGACUACGUUGCAGCUGUAGGUGAUGUUUUCAGUCCUGGAUGUGAUCGUCAGGGCAAACCAUGGCCCAACUCAGCCUCAUGUGACCUAGAAACUGGUACCAUUUCCAACAAAAGGUUGGUCUUUGCCGACUCAUACAUCUCUCCGUUGACUCUGGAGUGUUUGCUUUGGUUUUCAUUAGGUGAACGUCAGGAGGAGAAGAUUCUGACGGAGAAGCAGACAAAUGUUAUCGGUGUAAUGGAGGAACAAGGCAAUGUUGGCCAGAACCCUGGAAGUUCUUGGGAAGACAAAGAUCUCGCAACUGCUGUGGAGACUUUCACCCACGUAAACAUCAAAACUGAAAGUGCUUGGGAAGAUGAUGAUUUCCCAACACCGGUAGAGACAUUAACACAAACCAACAUCAAAAUUGAAAGUUCUUGGGAAGAUGAGGACCUUCCAACUCCUGGAAGGACUGUCACUCAAGAACUCAACAUGAAAGCUGAAAGUUCUUGGGAAGGCAAAGACCUCACAACUCCUGGAAGGACUGCCACUCAAGCAACCAUUAAAACUGAAAGUUCGUUGGAAGAUAUAGACCAUCCAGUUCCAGCAACGACUUUAAUCCAAGCAAAGGACAUCAAAACAGAAAUUUGCUGGGAAGACGACAAUAUUCCAACUCCAGCAAACCCUGUAGACCAAGUAAAUGACAUCAAAACAGAAAGUUCCAGGGAAGACAAGGAUCUCCCGACCCCAACAAAGACUUUGACUCAAGUAAACACCUGCAAGACACCCAAACGCACCCGUACCAGAGAGAAACGGCACCCUUGUGUCCAGUGUGGGAAAAGUUUCACUAGUACAGGUGAACUAAAAAGACACCAACGCAUCCACACUGGAGAGAGACCGUACAACUGUUAUGUGUGUGGAAAAGCUUUCAUCAAAGCAGAUCAUCUCAAAUCACACCAACGGACCCACACUGGAGAGAAGCCCUAUCGCUGUGACGUGUGUGGAAAGGCUUUCACCAAAAUCAGCCAUCUCAAGACACACCAACACACCCACACAGGAGAGAAGCCUUAUCGCUGUGACGUGUGUGGAAAGGCUUUCACCCAAUCACCAACACUUAAGAUACACCUUCGUAGCCACACUGGAGAGAAACCAUAUACCUGUUUGCAGUGUGGCAAAGUUUUCACCAACAGGGGGAACCUUAGAAUACACCAACGUACUCACACUGGAGAGAAGCCUUACAGCUGUGAUUUUUGUGGGAAAGGCUUCAUUAAAGCAAGUCAUCUCAGAACGCACCAACGCAUACACACUGGAGAGAAACCAUACAUUUGUGACCAGUGUGGGAAGGCUUUUACUGCUGCAGGCAAUCUCAGGAAACACAAACGGAUCCACACUGGGGAAAAACCUCACAGUUGUGAUCAGUGUGGGAAGGCGUUUACCAAAGCGGGGGACCUAAGAACACAUCAGCGCAUUCAUACUGGAGAGAAACCUUAUAGCUGUCCAUUUUGUGGCAAGGGGUUCAUCAAAGCGAGCUACCUUAAAACUCACCAACGAAUUCACACUGGAGAGAAACCCUAUAUUUGUGGCCAGUGUGGAAAAGCUUUCAGAUCGUCAUCAGAAUACAGUAAACAUCAACUUAGGCACACUAAGGAGAUGGUGAUCCCAUGUGAGGUUUGUGGAAAGAUCUUCUACUCCGCCUCCACUUUGCGCAUUCACCAGCGAACCCACACAGGUGAGAAACCCUACCAGUGUGGACUCUGUGAGAGGUCCUUCACCACAGCAUCUCAACGGGCUGAACAUAAAUGUACUUACAAAGGAGUACAUCAGAACAACAUGAAAACUGAAGAACUUGGACCACAAGACUAUGUUGCAGCUGUAGCUGAAGUUUGCAAUCCUGGACGUGAUCGUCAGGGCAAACCAUGGCCCAACUCAGCCUCAUGUGACCCAGAGACUGGUGCCAUUUCCAACAAAAGAUUGGUCUUUGCCGACUCGUACAUCUGCCCGUUGACUCUGGAGUGUUGUAACUGGACUCAGUAUGUGAUCAUGAGCAAGGUGGAUCAGUGUACCGGUGCUGACAGACGGAGUUGCCCCUGCCUUGUGACACCGAACCGGAGCUUUGUUUCGCAGAAACAAAGGAAAAUUCUCCCUGCUCCAGCAGACAUGAAGAAAAAACAUGCCUGUGACCAGUGUGGCAAGACUUUCACUGACCUGUCGAACCUUAGAAGACACCAACACAUCCAUACUGAAGAGAAAUGCUACCACUGUUACCAAUGUGGGAAGACGUUCACUCAAGUGGGCCACCUCAGAGUGCAUCAACGCAUCCACAGUGGGGAGAAACCGUACAGGUGUAAUCAAUGUGGAAAGUCAUUCACCAGUAUGAGUCACCUCAAAGUGCAUCAGCGUACCCACACUGGAGAGAAACCAUACAUCUGUACCCACUGUGGGAGGACUUUUGCUAAUGUGAGCAACUUCAAAAUACAUAAACGCAUACACACCGGAGAGAAACCGUACAGCUGUGAUUAUUGUAACAAGGCAUUCACCAGAGUUACUGACCUCCGAGUACAUAAACGCCUCCACACUGGAGAUAGUCCUCACAGCUGUCCCCAGUGUGGGAAGGCUUUUACCACAGUGCGUGAACUCAGAAUACACCAAUACUUCCACACGGGAGAGAAACCACACCUCUGUGAGCAGUGUGGGAAGACUUUCAUCAGAGUGAGUGAUCUCAGAAUACAUGGACGCAUCCACACUGGAGUGAAACCUUAUAGCUGCGAUCAGUGUGGGAAGGCUUUCACCCAAGUGAGCAACCUGAAACGACACCAACGUAUCCACACUGGAGAGAAGCCGUACAGUUGUGAGCAGUGUGGAAAGGCUUCCAGGUCACUAUCAGAUCACCGUGAUCACUUACUCAGGCACACCAAGGAGAUGGUGAUUCCAUGUGAGGUGUGUGGAAAGGUAUUUUGGUCGUUCUCAACUUUGCGAAGUCAUCGACGUGUCCACACAGGAGAGAAACCAUACCAGUGUGAACUCUGUGAGAGGUCAUUCGCUACAUCAACUCAGCGUUCCAAACAUAAAUGUGCGAGUAAAGCAGUGGAACAGAACAUGUGUGGAAAGAGUGAGUUGAGUUACCAGGCUUGUUGUUACACACAACAGUAAAGACUUGUAUUUGACAAGUGUGAUUCUUAACAAAUGUAAGGAAAUUGUCACUCUUGCUUGUAUUGUGCAUUGUAUGUAUUACAUCCCAUUAAUGAAUUCCUUGAAAUCUGUUUGGAAUUAUCAGAUUCAUGCUUGUAUAUAAAAUUCCUACCGAUAGAGUCUGUGAAAACUGAUUAUUUGGAUCAGGAAUGUAUUCAGCCAAAUUUGCCAAGGGUUUAAAUCUUGAUUUCAUGGAAACACUGCUUGGUACUGAAAUGGAAUUGGAUCAGCUCUAGAAAUUAUGCAUCUUAAAUCCAACAGCACCCCAGAACCUAUA